UUUACGCAACGGUAACAGCAGGUUACAGUAUGUAGUAUUUUCUCCGCGUUUUGCAAUGACCACUCUGCGCCGAACAGACCACGUUUUGAUUACAUCAGUUUCUGUGUCGAUUUGCUUGAGUACACGUGUACCUCAACGGCGCGAGACGAGAGGUGAGUGCGCUGAGCGAACGUGGGGUGGUCAGUGUGAAGCAAGCGUGGAGUAAUGCAACGGUGUGGAGUUCAGCUCGUACGUACGUUGGCUGUCAUUCACUGGUACUCUUUCUGAAAAUUACGAUUGAAGACGAUAUUUUUGACAGUCCACAGUGAAACUAUUUUUUGUGCCAUUGUUGCGAAAUAGAGAAUUAGGUGCUCAUUGCUUUCUGUUCGACAAUGCCUCGACGUAGAAAUAAUAGGGGGUUAGAACUAGGAGUUCUCUUAUUGAUAUCCGAGAUGAUGAAUGUUGGAAUAACGACUAUUCCUCGUGUUACAUUCCUGACAAUAUUGGGGCAG